AUGCUCGUUUCUGUAAACAUUCCUUCUCUAUCAGUGUCUCUUACCAUGACAACAUCCAGUUCGGCUGAUCUACUGGAGUCUUUCCUCCAUCUUUCUCUGGAUUACACAGACCGGCUAAGUUCAGCCGAUGACUGGACAACGCGGUCUUUGGACGAUCUUCUGUCGUACUUGAAGUUGGCUAAACUUCACGAUAGUGAAGCAGCUCGAACGAUGCCCCAAACAAACAAGGAAAGUUUGCGUAUCUCUUCCCACUCGACACCACUUUCCAGGCCGACCAAGACGCGUCACUACUCGUUGGACAUGGGGUCGAUCCCGGAAAUGGAGAGUCGAGUUCCUUCCGUUGAUGGAGCAGCUUUGUUUAAAGCGUUGCAGCCGUUUUUGGACCAGUACAUCACACAAAAGGACAUAGCCGAUGACAGAGCUGUGUCGUCGAAGGAAAGCCAAGAGCAAGGAAAGGAAAGACAGGAAGCACACGAAAGACAUGAAACAAAUGAAAGGAAAGAAGCACAGGAAAGACAUGAAACACAACAGAGCCAAGAUAUUCCAGAGAGACAAGAACUACCAAAGAAGGAUCAAAACCGGCUAGACAAAGAAGAUGCUGAGAAGCACGGCAAACACAAGCCAUACCUACCGAAACAAGCAGAGCUUAAAAAGACAGACUUCCACAGACAAACAGACUUGGAAACUCAUGCGCAGGCAUUCCACUAUGACAAUCUGGACAUCGAGCUGCACAUUGACGACACUUUUGACCACGUUCGCCGCGUAGCAAGCGACGGAACAAUUAGAUACGGUAAUUCUCCCGUGACUACUCCACCAGGAUCGAGCAGAGACUCGCAUUUCACCGACAGCAGAUGCACAGUAAUUGGUCGAGACGAUACUUCUACAGACAAGCCACUUGCCUCAGACACUUUUGAUGCUCCUCCACAGGUGGAUUUGCCAGAUUUGACUGCAGACGAGAUAGACCUUGAACUUCCCCCCGCGCUGGAAGAUCCGCAGGAGACUUUGGCGCUGCUUCGCCUCCAACUCGAACAGUACAAACAAGAUAAUGCGGAAUUAGUCAACGAGGUGAAGUUUUUGCGCCGGGCGCAAGCAUCCAAAACCCGUGACCUGACGGAGAAAGAAACUAGAGAGCAUACACAAAGACUGGAGCAUCAGCGGCCUCUGAAGCCAGCAAAGGAAACUUUUGAGGCUGAUGUACUGACUGAUGAAACAUCAAAGAAACAACCACAUAACAUAGAAGAACCAUUGACUGAGGACAAUGUGCCCGAGGAGUUCAGGCCCUUCUACCACCGCUUGCAGUUGGACAAAAUUAACAGUUUGAGUAACGUGGAGAAAGGAAACAUUAUCAAAAAUGUAAUGCUCUCGUUGCUUGUCACAGACUUCGACCAUCUUCCGUCUAUGGCACCCAAAGUUGGAGCAUUUCUCCGCAUAACCGCCCGCUUUUUGGACGAGCUUCACGCAAGAUUCUAUGAGUGUGGCGAUAUGCGGCCUCUGCUUUAUCUCCGGGACUACAGCAUGGAUCCCAGUGACGGCCUUGAACAGUGCCUCGCCGGGAUGCUCAGCAAAAUAGGAUAA